AUGGAAGGAUCAGAAAGAGGGUUAGCCAACUUUAAUCUUCAAGUUUCUUCUUUUCCAAAUCAUCAUCAUCAUCAUAUUCAUCAUCAACAUGAUCAUCAUAAUAUGGGUUUUUCUCAUUUUCAAGAUCAUCAGCAUCAAAACCAUAGCCAAGUUUUGAGGUUUUUACCUCCUCCAACUCUAUCUCUUCCUCCACACUUAUCUCAACCACCUACUGUCCACACCACCACCACCGCCACCACCUCUAGUAACGCCGCAGCUGCCGGUUUCGCUACCGAAGCCGCCACGGCUCAUAGAGAUUCUUGGUAUAAAGAACAAGUGGGAAGCUUGGAUUCAAAGGCUGUUAAUGAAGAAAAGACUGCUAUAGAUGAUCAUAAUUCAUGGUGGAGGAGUUCAUCAAACACUGAAAAGGGGAGGAUGAAAGUGAGAAGAAAGCUGAGAGAACCAAGAUUUUGCUUUCAAACAAGGAGUGAUGUUGAUGUUCUUGAUGAUGGUUACAAAUGGAGAAAAUAUGGCCAGAAAGUUGUCAAAAAUAGCCUUCAUCCCAGCAGGAGUUACUAUCGAUGUACACACAGUAAUUGUCGUGUGAAGAAAAGGGUAGAGAGAUUAUCAGAAGACUGUAGAAUGGUAAUCACAACGUAUGAAGGUCGACACAAUCACACUCCCUGUGACGACUCAAAUUCAUCAGAACAUGAAGGUUUUACUUCGUAUUAAUACAUAAUUAAGCUGGACUUUUUGUUGUUGCAACAUACUCGAUGCUCUCAGUGCUUGAUCACCCAUGAGGUAUUCCUUGUACAAUGUAGACGUCGUCCUACAAUUAUUAUGCAGCAUCAGUCUUCAUCUUCUUGGUUAUGAAGAUUGAGUUUAUUUAUUUAUGUCCUAGGUGCGUAGUUUUAAAAAGGUUUUUAUCGACUUGCAGGAAAAUUAUCAUAUAUAUGAUACGGCUAUAUAUUAAUGUAAUGUACAUAAAGCAAAUAGAAUGCAAAUUUCUUCUGAA